AUGUGGCUGUACGUGGCGGCGGUGCUGACCGGGCUGUUCCUGCUGCGGCGCUGGCACCGGGAGCGGCAGACGGUGCCGGGGCUGUCGGAGAAGUUCGUGCUGAUCACGGGCUGCGACAGCGGCUUCGGGAACGCGCUGGCGCGGGCGCUGGACGCGCGGGGGCUGCGGGUGCUGGCCGCCUGCCUGGGCGAGCGCGGGGCUGCCGAGCUGCGGGCGGCCGCCUCGCCGCGCCUGCAGACCGUCCUGCUGGACGUCACCUCCAGCCAGAGCGUGGCCGCCGCCGCCGCGUGGGUCCGGGAGCGCGUGGGGGAGCGAGGUCUCUGGGGGCUGGUGAACAACGCGGGCACCGCCGUCCCCACCGCCCCCAAUGAGUGGCUGAGCAAGGCCGACUUUGCCAAGGUGCUGGACGUCAACCUGCUGGGGCUCAUCGAGGUGACGCUGAGCCUCCUGCCGCUGGUGCGGCGGGCGCGGGGCCGCGUGGUCAACGUGGCCAGCGUGAUGGGCCGGCUCGCUGCCUUCGGCGGGGGCUACUGCAUCUCCAAGUUUGGCGUGGAGGCCUUUUCCGACAGCCUGAGGCGCGAGAUGCGUCCCUUUGGGGUGCAGGUCUCCAUCAUUGAACCUGGUGGCUUCCGGACAGCGAUGACGGACCCCGCGGCGGUGCUGACCGGCUACCGGCGCCUCUGGGAGCAGCUCCCGGCGGAGACCCAGGCAGCCUACGGCCACCGCUACCUGGAGUCCUAUGCCAGGAGCACGGUCCUGCUGCACCGCCUGAGCAGCUCCCGCCUGUCCCGCGUCACCGGCGCCGUGGCACACGCGCUGCUGUCCCGCCGGCCCCGCAGCCGCUACGCUGUGGGCUGGGACGCGCGGCUGCUGCUGCUGCCGCUCAGCUACGGCCCGGCCUGGCUCGCCGAUGCCGCCAUCGGCCUCAUGCUGCGCCUCCCGGCCGCGGGGACGCCCUGAGGACGGCCAGCACACCGGGGAUGGGGACACGGUGCCCACGGGCCCAAUAAAGCUGGUGCAAACAAA